ACAACAAUCCUUGUUUACGAAUUGAAAUUAAUAACUAGCUCCCUUUCCAUUUCCAUUGUGUCGUAGAAAAUGAGGCUUUUGAAUGUGGCUACUUGCAACCUGAAUCAAUGGUCUAUGGACUUUGAUUCCAACACUAAGCAAAUCAAAGAAUCCAUCUCCAAAGCCAAACAAGUCGGCGCCGUCAUCAGACUUGGACCCGAGCUCGAGAUUCCCGGUUGUGGCUGUGAAGAUCACUUCUUAGAGCUCGACACUAUUAACCAUUCAUGGGAAUGUUUGAAAGAUAUAUUGGUUGGUGAUUGGACAGAUAACAUAGUGUGUAGUAUUGGAAUGCCUAUUAUCAAAGGUUCUGAGAGAUAUAAUUGUCAAGUUUUAUGUUUUAAUCGAAAGAUUAUUAUGAUAAGACCCAAAAUGUGGCUUGCAAAUGAUGGUAAUUAUAGAGAACUUCGAUGGUUUACUGCAUGGAAACAAAGGGAUCAACUUGAUGAUUUUCAGCUUCCACCUCAAAUUUCCGAGGCAUUGGGCCAAAAGUCAGUUCCAUUUGGUUAUGGAUACGUCAAGUUUCAAGACACUGCUAUUGCAGCUGAAGUCUGUGAAGAGCUUUUUACACCAUCACCCCCUCACGCUGAGCUUGCAUUAAAUGGAGUUGAAGUGUUUAUGAAUGCAAGUGGUAGUCAUCACCAACUUAGAAAGCUUGAUGUUCGUCUUCGUGCUUUAAUAAAUGCCACUCAAUCUUGUGGAGGGGUCUAUAUGUAUAGUAAUCAACAAGGUUGCGAUGGUGGUCGCCUUUACUAUGAUGGAUGUGCUAGCGUUGUCGUAAAUGGUGAUGUUGUUGCACAAGGUUCCCAAUUUUCAUUAAAUGAUGUUCAAGUUGUGGUUGCUCAGAUAGAUCUCGAUCUGGUUGCGAGCCUUAGAGGAUCUUUAAGCAGUUUCCAAGAGCAAGCAAGUUGUAAAGCCAAGGUUCCUUCGGUAGAUGUACCAUACAGUCUAUGUCUUCCUUUUGAUCUUAAAAACAUACGCCUUUCCGUUCCACUUCAGAUAAAAUAUCACUCUCCCGCGGAGGAAAUAGCAUAUGGACCUGGUUGCUGGUUAUGGGACUAUUUACGAAGAAGCGGAGCAACUGGUUUUCUCCUCCCACUUUCUGGUGGAGCAGACAGUUCUUCUGUUGCUGCAAUUGUUGGAUGCAUGUGUCAGCUGGUUGUGAAAGAAAUUGCAAAUGGAGAUGAACAAGUUAAAGCUGAUGCAAUACGAAUCGGAAACUAUAAGAAUGGAGAAUAUCCUACAGACAGCAGAGAAUUUGCUAAGCGAAUAUUUUAUACUGUCUUUAUGGGAUCUGAAAACAGUUCGGGAGAGACAAGGUCGCGAGCUAAGGUGUUGGCAGAUGAAAUUGGUUCAUGGCACCUUAAUGUUAGCAUUGAUGGAAUGAUAUCUUCUCUUUUGUCAUUAUUCCAAAAAAUUACCGGAAAGCGACCAAACUACAAGGUAGAUGGUGGAUCUGAUGUUGAGAAUUUAAGCUUGCAAGACAUUCAAGCUCGAAUCCGAAUGGUGCUGGCUUUCAUGUUAGCAACACUCUUGCCUUGGGUUAACAACAAACCUGGGAUUUAUCUUGUCUUGGGGAGCUCCAAUGUCGAUGAAGGGUUGCGCGGCUACUUAACAAAGUAUGAUUGCAGCUCAGCAGAUAUAAAUCCUAUUGGUAGUUUAAAUAAGCAGGAUAUUCGGGAAUUCUUGCGAUGGGCAGCCAUCCAUCUUGGUUACUCAUCUUUGGCAGAUAUUGAAGCCGCUCCACCCACAGCUGAACUCGAGCCUAUACGUUCUGACUACAUUCUGACUGAUGAAGAUGACAUGGGAAUGACUUAUGAGGAACUAUCGGCUUAUGGAAGACUACGGAAAGUAUUUCGUUGUGGUCCACUUUCCAUGUUUCAGAAUCUAUGUUCCACAUGGAGUGCAAGAUUGACUCCAUCACAAGUGGCUGAAAAAGUAAAACACUUCUUCAAGUUUUAUGCUAUAACUCGACACAAUAUGACUACCUUGACACCUUCCUAUCAUGCCGGGAGUUAUUCACCAGAUGAUAAUAGGUUCGAUCUUCGCCAGUUUCUCUAUAAUACAAGUUGGCCAUAUCAAUUUCGAAAAAUCGAUGAACUAGUACAUGAGCUGGAUGUCAAAGAUGUUCAAGGAAACCAUGAGGCAUUGGCAGCUGCAUCAAAUGGUGUCAGUGGGAAGAAAGUUGCUGCAUCAAAUGGUGUGAUCAGUUGGAUGGGAAUUUCUGCAUGAAAUGAUGGUGGAGGUGAUGGUGGUGGUGGAAUUCAAUUGAAUUAUAGAUUUGUAUGUGAUGCUUUUGCACUAUGUUCUGCUUUUGAAAAAUAAAAACCAUUGCAAAUAUGGUUCAAGCAAAGAUAUAGAUUUGAUGUAUGAAAUUCAUUCAACUUGUUGUCUCAUGAGUGCGUGUGUGAGUGUCGUAAUGUCUUGAGUAUUGAAUUUGAUUUAUAACAAUAAAAAAAAAAAUGAAGAUUGUUAUUUUUU